UCAUUACAAAAACAACGUGGGUGAAUCAUGCCUUGUAUUUUAUUAAUUCAGCCAGUGAUUGGAUAAUUUCAUGGCCAUUAAAAUAAAUAUCAACCAAUCCGGUAACAAUACGUUCAUAGUCAAAGCGCUAUUCUCAUUGGUUAAUUUGCAGCAGUUUCACCUUGAAUUAACAUGAUUUUAAUGUCCUUCAAAAGAAAAACACGUGGGCGAAAAGCGUUGUUUGCUUACCAGUCGUCACAUUUGCAUGCAAAACUCUACUGUCUAGAGCGCCAAAAACAUUCCUCCUUUAUUUUUUUGUUGCUGUAAUACUCGACUGGAAAUAAUUUUGUGGAUUAAUCUCUAAUCGUUAUUGUCUAUCAAAUUUAUCAAAUUGUUCAUGUUAAUAAUGGAUGCAUUUGUUGAAGCAUUUUUUGCAAUUGAUCAAGAUCAUUCAGAGACAAUUACAAUAGAAGAAUUACAGGCAUACAUGGUGAAAAAUGAUAUGGAUCCAGCGUUUAUUGCUAGAUGGCAAGAAUUAUUCGAUCCUCAACAGACAGGAGUGAUCACCCUGUCUAAAUUUUGUGAUGUAUUAGGAUUAGAAGUAGAAGCUUUACGAGUUAAAUAUGUUGAACAAGAAGAAGCGAAACAAGUUGCUGAUUUCGACUCCUCAUCAAUGGAAAAUAUUCAUGAUAGGCAACAGAAUGGUCAAUCUGAUCACUAUGAAAAUAAUUUGGAUAAUGGUUUAUCUGAGGAGUUAACCGACUUGAAAAAUUAUCAAGAAAUAUCAGGUGAUAUGCCGAUUGGAUUAAAGAAGGUGAUUGUGAAUAUUGUCAGAAAAGGUGAAAAACUUUAUGAAGAUGAUGAUAAAGUGAGUCAUUCAAAUCUUUGUUCACAAUUACAUAAGUGUGGUGUACAUAUAUGCGAUAUACUUUGUAUUAUUUGA